CCAGAACCAUUACCCAAGCCAGUACCAUUACCCAAGCCAGUACCAUUACCUAAGUCAGUACCAUUACCUAAGUCAGUACCAUUACCCAAGCCAGUACCAUUACUCAAGCCAGUACCAUUACUCAAGCCAGUACCAUUACCCAAGCCAGUACCAUUACUCAAGCCAGUACCAUUACCCAAGCCAGUACCAUUACCCAAGCCAGUACCAUUACCUAAGUCAGUACCAUUACCUAAGUCAGUACCAUUACCCAAGACAGUACCAUUACUCAAGCCAGUACCAUUACCCAAGCCAGUACCAUUACCCAAGCCAGUACCAUUACUCAAGCCAGUACCAUUACCCAAGCCAGUACCAUUACCCAAGCCACCAGUACCAUUACCCAAGCCAGUACCAUUACUCAAGCCAGUACCAUUACCCAAGCCAGUACCAUUACCCAAGCCAGUACCAUUACUCAAGCCAGUACCAUUACCCAAGCCAGUACCAUCACCCAAGCCAGUACCAUUACCCAAGCCAGUACCAUUACCCAAGCCAGUACCAUUACCCAAGCCAGUACCAUUACUCAAGCCAGUACCAUUACCCAAGCCAGUACCAUUACCUUAG